CGCCUCUCUCCGGUACGCCGGUCCGGAUGUCGAGAUCGUGCACCUAAAGGGCCAGACAUGUGCCGACCAGGGACGCCUAUUGACCGCCAGUGUUGCCUCUCCUUCCCCUCCUCCUACUUUGCACGGCUUUCGCGUCUCCCACUCUUCUUCGCGCCCUCGCCCCCUUCCUCUUGUCACAUUCCCUCUCCGCCUGGCGCAAUCCCGAGCAUGUCCGAGCCCAACACCGGCGAGCCCUGCUCGAAGCCGCCUGCCGCCCUGUCCGACAUCUCGGGCUUCGAUGUGGACGACUUGCUCCUUGGCGCCCUGGCCUCGGCCAACAUCCAAUCUUCAACCGUCGAGGAAGAGCCCCCGGUUGACACCGCUCCCAAGGAGGCCGCCCCUCCAGUCACCCUUGAGGACGCCAUCCGUCAGUCGGCCAAGGAGCACUCCCAGGCUCAUGAUGCUCUUCCGACCAUGGCUGACUUGCAUAUGGACGACAUGUUCGCCAGCUUCUCGGACACCAUCGGCUCAUCGAUGACCAACUUCCUGGAGGCCAUGAUGGUUCAGAUUGUUUCGCGGGAAGUGCUUUACGAGCCGAUUCUCAUGCUCGAGAACAACUAUCCCAUCUGGCUCGCGGCCAACCGGCACACCCUGUCGCCGGAAGAGCAGAGCGUGUGCGACCAGCACAUCGUCAUCCUGCGGAAGAUUCUCCUCACAUAUAACCCGGCCUUCCAGGCGACCUUGGCCCCGGGCGAAUCGCCGGACGCCUGCCCCAAGCCGGACCCGGACAUUCCGGCCAGCUGCGGCGACCCGGAAGCCCCCUUGACCUCGGUGCAGAAGACCAAGCUGCUGCAGUACAUCCAAGACAUCCAAGCGGUCGGAGCCAUCCCGGUGGGCUUCCUCAAUGAGGUGAUGAGCGAUUCGGACCGCGCGGAAAUCGGUGCCAUCUUUGCCGGCGCCAGCGGUCCGACCCCAGCAGCCCUGGAAGAGCUCCUGGCGGCUGAGGGUCCUGGGGGGAAUCCCGGGGCCCGGGGCCCUGCGGCCAAGAGCACCGCCAGUGAGGGCCCCGGCCCGGAUGGGGCAGCCCUGCUGGACCCGCUGCUGGGGGACAUCAACAAGCUGCAGUCCCUGCUCGAGGAUCUGAGCAAGGACGCGGGUCCCGAGCAGCCUGGCGGGCCGAAUGACUGUGCGGUCAUGUAGGCCGCCUCUCCGGUCCUCAGGUUCGAACAGUCAUGCGCCCCGGAGGCAAGAGACAUAGUGUGGGACAGGCAAGAAGAGCCUCAUGGGCGCCAAGCCUUUGGGCCUCGCUCUCUCUCUCUCUCUCUC